UUGAAUAUAAUAUAAUAUAAUAUUCUCGUUAUAUGUGUAUAUAUAAGAGAUGGUGUGCCUUACGGCUCCUCGUGGUAGGUGAGUUGGGACUUGUGGCGGCGAGAUUGCUGCUGCUCCAAACGUUACAGGAGAGAAAGCCUUCUUUGCCGUGAAUUCGGAUCGAGAUCAAUGGGUUCAGCGGAGAAAGAGCCACUGUUAACAGCGGAGGGAACUCGAUCAAACUCAAAGCACGAGUCCUCCUCCCAUGGGCAACUUGAGAGAAUUCUCUCCGACGACACCCUACCCUUCCUCAACCGUGUGGGACCCGCCACGUGGAUCGAGUUGAAGCUCCUCUUCUUCCUCGCCGCCCCUGCCGUCAUCGUCUACCUCAUCAACUACCUCAUGUCCAUGUCCACCCAAAUCUUCUCCGGCCACCUCGGCAACCUCGAACUCGCCGCCGCCUCCCUCGGCAACACCGGCAUCCAAAUGUUCGCCUACGGCCUCAUGUUGGGUAUGGGGAGUGCCGUGGAGACGCUAUGCGGACAAGCAUUCGGAGCUCAAAAGUACGGGAUGUUAGGAGUCUACAUGCAGCGGUCAACGAUUCUUCUCUCACUAGCCGGCGUAGUGUUGACCGUGAUAUACGUAUUCAGCGAACCGAUGCUAAUAUUCCUCGGGGAAUCACCGAGAAUCGCGUCGGCGGCAGCACUCUUUGUGUACGGGUUGAUCCCACAGAUAUUCGCAUACGCGGCGAACUUCCCGAUCCAGAAGUUUCUCCAAGCGCAGAGCAUAGUGGCACCGAGCGCGUACAUAUCAGCGGCGACGCUGGUGGUCCACCUGGGGAUGAGUUGGGUGGCGGUGUACGAGAUUGGGUUGGGGCUGUUGGGGGCGUCGCUGGUGCUGAGCCUGUCGUGGUGGAUAAUGGUGAUUGGACAGUACGUGUACAUAGUGAAGAGCGAGAGGUGCAGGCGCACGUGGCAGGGGUUCACGUGGGAGGCGUUUAGCGGUUUGUAUGGGUUCUUCAAGCUCUCCGCUGCGUCCGCGGUCAUGCUGUGCCUGGAGACAUGGUACUUUCAGAUUCUGGUUUUGCUCGCGGGGCUUCUCCCUAAUCCUGAGUUGGCUCUUGAUUCCCUUUCUAUCUGCACCACAAUUUCUGGAUGGGUGUUCAUGAUCUCUGUUGGAUUCAAUGCAGCUGCAAGCGUGAGGGUGAGCAACGAACUAGGAGCAAGAAGUCCAAAAUCAGCAUCGUUUUCGGUGGUUGUGGUGACAGUGAUUUCUUUCAUAAUAUCAGUAAUUGCAGCACUGGUGGUUCUUGCAUUAAGAGAUGUCAUUAGCUAUGCCUUCACAGGGGGUGAAGAGGUUGCUGCUGCAGUUUCAGAUCUUUGUCCACUCCUUGCCCUUUCUCUUGUCCUCAAUGGCAUUCAACCCGUCUUAUCUGGGGUGGCUGUUGGAUGUGGAUGGCAAGCUUUCGUAGCUUAUGUAAACGUGGGUUGUUAUUAUGGAGUUGGCAUACCAUUGGGCGCGGUUCUCGGCUUUUAUUUUCAAUUUGGUGCCAAGGGAAUAUGGCUGGGAAUGCUAGGUGGCACCGUUAUGCAAACAAUUAUUCUACUGUGGGUCACAUUUAGAACGGAUUGGACUAAGGAGGUAGAGGAAGCAGCCAAGAGGCUGACCAAAUGGGAGGACAAGAAGGAACCACUACUAAAUUGAAGAAUAACUUGUUUAUGUAGGAGAGCAAGAGAGACAUAAUAUUCUCUUUAUUAUUAUUUUUUAUUGAAACCAAUUUAUAAGGACUAAUUCUAGAGAUUCAACAAGGUAGUUUAACACUUCGUUGUUCCAUUAUGAGGUAGGGAAUUAAAAAUUAAAACUGCCAAGGAUUAA